AUGGAACCGGUGCCAGAAGCAGAAAUUAAGGGCAACGGUUCAUACUACCUGCCACAUCAUGCAGUGGUUAAGACAGCUGAUCCAAGCGGAAAAAUCCGGGUAGUUUUUAACGCUUCCUUUCGAACGAGCACAGGAGCAUCUCUGAAUGAUCUCCUGCUGCCCGGCCCAAAACUUCAAGCAGAACUUUGGUUAAUACUAACUAGAUGGCGGUUAUUUCAAGUUGCCUUCACCACGGACAUUGUCAAAAUGUUUAGACAAGUUCGGAUUAAUCGAGAGGAUGCCGAUCUUCAGAGGAUAGUAUGGCGGGCGGACGCCGAGUCAGAGGUUCGAGACUUUAGACUCGUCACCGUCACCUACGGUACGACACCGGCUCCGUAUUUGGCAAUCAGAACCUUGCUCCAAUUGGCUGAAGAUGAAGAGUCCCGGUUCCCUCAAGGAGCAUCAGCAAUCCGCAACCACACUUACGUAGAUGACAUACUAGCUGGCGCCAACACUCUUGCAGACGCCCUGGAACUCAAACUUCAACUGGAAGGCCUACUCCAAGCAGGAGGGCUCCAUCUAAGUAAAUGGGCUGCUACUCAAGCAACGCUCUGUCCUGAGGGGGAUCAGGGGCAACGAUUUAUUGCAACUAACGACAAUGUGGGUGCCCUAGGCAUCCUUUGGACUCCUACCAAGGACACACUUGGCCUAAAGGCGGUCCCGUCAUUUGAUGUGACGACACAACCAACAAAACGCUCCAUACUUUCCUUCGUGGCUAAGCGCUAUUUGAUCCCGCAGGCUGGGCGGCUCCUGUAA